AAGAAUGAUAAAAACGUGUGCACAGAAUUUUAGAAUAAGAUAAAACGAAUUUCAAAAUAGAAUGCGCAGGUGACGUUCAUGUGUUCUGCAUAUUGCGUAUCGUAUAAUGCGUUUGGUGGCUGUGUCUGUAAUUGCAAAUACGAUAAGGAAACGUUGUUUGCAUAAAAUCGAAAGUAGUGCCUGCAAGAAUAUAUUACAGUUCGCAGUUCGCAAUUCUGUGCAAUUUAUCCGCACGUCAUCCUAUUCGACGGCUAAAGUGUCGAGUUAUUUAACGGACGAGCAGAAGCAGAAUCGAAAUAUGUUGGAAAAAUUACAAUAUCCCGAAGCGACUCGCGACGAGACCGUAAUUGAUAAUUAUCAUGGAGUUGAGGUGCCAGAUCCGUACAGAUGGUUGGAAGAUCCAGAUUCAGAGAAAACCAAAGCAUACGUUGAAGCCCAAAAUGCUAUUACUAGACCAUACUUACAAUCAUGUAGCGCGUAUAUAGAUAUUUAUUGUCGAUUGAAACGACUGUGGGAUUUCCCAAGAUACUCGUGCCCAGCUAGACACGGAGACAAAUACUAUUUCUAUAAAAAUUCAGGUUUACAAAAUCAAAGUGUGCUAUAUGUACAAGAUACGUUAGACAGUGAACCUGUAGAAUUUUUAGAUGUAAAUACAUUCUCACACGAUGGUACUAUUGCCAUUUCUAUUAGUAAAUUUAGCGAGGAUGGCAGUAAAUAUGCAUUUGGACUGUCCAGCAGUGGAUCUGAUUGGUGUACAAUUAAUUUUAUGAAUACAGAAACUGGUGAAGAAUAUCCAGAAAUUUUGGAAAAGGUCAAGUAUUCCCGGAUAGCAUGGACUCAUGAUAACCAGGGGGUAUUUUAUGGUUGUUAUCCAAAACAGAAAGGUAAAACUGAUGGUUCAGAGAUCGAGGGCAACAAAAAUCAGAAGUUGAAGUAUCAUGUUCUUGGAACGCCUCAGUCGGAAGAUGUUACUGUAGUUGAAUUCCCCGAAGAACCUCUAUGGAGGAUAGGUGCACAAGUUUCCCAAUGUGGAAAAUGGUUAAUUGUUACACCUGUGAAGGAUUGUAGGGAUAAUUUAGUGUACUUCACAGAAUUGAAACCAGGAAUGAAGUUUACCGAACAAUUAAAGUUAACCCAAGUCGUCGAUAAAUUCGAAGCCGAUUACGAAUAUAUAACGAACGAUGGCAGCAAGGCUAUAUUCCGGACAAACAAAGGUGCACCAAAUUAUAAGCUGAUAGCUAUAGACUUGCUGGAUUAUAAAGAGGAAAAAUGGAUUGACCUUAUACCAGAACAUUCGCAUAAUGUACUGGAUGCGGCCUGCGCGGUUCAUGAGGAUAAAUUGGUAGUUUGUUACAUCGAAGAUGUCAAGAAUGUUUUGCAACUGCAUAGUUUAAAGAAUGGUGAAAAACUGAAAACAUUUCCACUGGAUGUAGGCAAAAUAAUUAAUUUCACAGGAGAUAAAAAAUACUCCGAAAUAUUCUAUCACUUCACAUCCUUUUUAGUUCCUGGUAUUAUAUACAAAGUUGAUCUCAAAAAUGAUGAGGAACCACAGGUGUUACGGGAGAUUAAAGUGAAGAACUUUGAUAAAAGCAUGUACAAGACUAGUCAAAUAUUUUAUACUAGCAAAGAUGGUACAAAGAUUCCAAUGUUUCUAGUAAUGAAACAUGAUGCGAUUUUGGAUGGUUCUAUGCCGGCUUUGUUGUAUGGUUACGGAGGUUUUAAUGUAAGCAUUCAACCAUCGUUUAACGUUACAAAGCUAGUUUUUGUACAACACUUAAAUGGAGUGCUAGCAGUUGCGAAUAUACGCGGCGGAGGGGAAUAUGGAGAAAAAUGGCACAACGGUGGAAGAUUCUUCAAUAAACAGAACGUGUUCGACGACUUUCAAGCUGCUGCCGAAUAUUUAAUUGAAAAUCGGUAUACCACAUCAUCAAAAUUAAGUAUUUUAGGUGGUAGUAAUGGCGGAUUGUUGGUGGCCGCGUGUGCGAAUCAAAGACCUGAUCUUUUUGGUGCUGCAAUUGCUCAAGUCGGGGUAAUGGAUAUGCUACGUUAUCAUAAGUUUACAAUCGGUGUCGCUUGGGUUUCUGAUUACGGUAGCUCCGACGACCCUAAGCAUUUUGAGAACCUUUUGAAGUAUUCACCCUUGCAUAAUGUAAAGGUUCCAGUAAAUGUACAAUAUCCAGCAACAUUAUUGCUAACUGCGGAUCACGACGAUCGCGUAGUACCAUUGCAUAGUCUAAAGCUUAUUGCAACACUGCAGCAUACGCUUGGAACAUUACCGCAGCAAACUAAUCCUUUGCUCAUUAGAAUAGACACCAAGGCAGGACAUGGCGGUGGAAAACCAACCAUGAAAGUGAUCGAGGAAAGUACGGAUAUUCUAACAUUUAUUGUCAAGUCGUUGAACUUGAAAUUCAAAUUGUAACACAUGCCAAGAGUAUUAACAUUUUUAUAUUUUAUAUUAAGCAUAAAUCUCUUGACGUGUUCGAAAACAUUUUGCAAAAUAUUGUUCUAAAACAUUUAUAAUACGCUUUAUCGCAAAUGACUUUAUGAGACGAAUUUCAUUUUUUAAAGAAUAAAAACAUUAAAAACCGUCAUUCAUGCAGUUUACUGUGCAGUGUUCGUGUGUUCGAUUUUACUAGACAAAUAACUACACUAAUCUAAGCAAUAAAUGAAAUUGGUAUAUCUUUUUUUUAUUAUUAAAUACUAAAUAACAAAUAUAAAAUUUAUUAUUAAAGUAUGGCAUUGGUAUUCGAUGGCUUAUAUGACUCUGUCGUUGAAGAAGUAAAAAAACAUGAUGAAACAUGA